UGUGUCAUAACCGGGCCAGGCGGUUGCCAUAAAACAUAAAUGCACACUUUUCUGGUCGUAUUUCAACAGACUCUAUUUUGUAAGUAAUCAUUGACCCAUUUCAAAUAAACCUAUUAUUGUUAGACGCAUCUCCGCUUCACCCAUUAACUCAAGAGGGCAUCCUUUUUAGUUAAGUAAUCCAACUAGAGGAGGAUACAGAAAGCUUUAAAAGACACAAAGAGGGAACUCUUGACAAAAUCCAUCCGCUGUUUUGUAUUUUACCCUGGUCAAGAUGUUUGUGGAUGAACGGAUAGUAACUUUAUUUAAAAGGAAUGCUCACCAUACCUUGACCUACUGGAGCGUUUUCUUCAGUUUUGGACUGUGUAUCGCCUUUCUUGGACCUACAAUUCUGGACUUGCAAUGUCAAACAAACUCCACAUUGAGCCAAAUUACCUGGGUUUUCUUCUCGCAACAGUUCUGCUUGUUGAUCGGUAGCUCCGUUGGCGGGAUUUUCAAGAGAACGUUGUUCACUGCUCUGUCAGCUUUAUUUGUCUCCGCUCUCGUCAUCUCCGUGAUAUUUGCCGUCAUACCUUUGUGCAAUAAUGUCCUGGUGUUGGCCAUCGCCAUGGCUGUGUCCGGUUUGGCCAUGGGAAUUAUUGACACCAUUGCAAACAUUCAGCUGGUCACCAUCUAUCAGAAGGACUCGGCUGUUUUCCUGCAGGCUCUUCAUUUCUUCAUUGGCUUCGGAGCCCUGGUGAGCCCUCUGAUUGCAGAUCCUUUCCUCUCAGAGCACGGCUGCGGGAAUCAUACUGGGAACGAGACAGAGAUCAUGCAUCACUUUAGGAACAUGCUGAGAAACAGUCCCAUUGCAGAGCACAACAUCACUCAGAGCCAAUUUCCCCACGGGGAAGAAGCAGAAGAGUCCAUUGUGCACUAUGCCUUCUGGAUCAUGGCGCUUAUCAAUCUCCCUGUGCCCAUCGCUGUCCUCUUCCUGAUGUAUCGGGAACAACUGAUCCCGUGCUGCCCCAGCGGCACGCCUCGUCUCCUGGACAAAGAUGAACUGGCCAUGGAAAACCAGCAGGGAACUGAAGGCACAGAAGUGGAGCAGGUAGCGCAUGAAGGUGGAGGUCAUGGGGAUAUCUUUAGCUGCUGUCAGAAUGAUAACCUGCGUGGGCUGCCGGUAUCCUUCUUCAUGAUCCACAUCCUUGGUGGUAUGGUGCUAUUCAUGACGGAUGGCAUUGUGGGCGCAUAUGCUGGUUUUGUGUACACGUAUGCUGUUGCACCGCCUAUGUCUCUGCCCCAUAAGACAGCGGGCUACCUAGCCAGCAUUUUUUGGGCGGCAAUCACAGCAGGGCGACUGCUCUCCAUCCCUUUGUCGUAUCGUUUCCAAGUCGUGAGACUGCUUAUGUUCAACCUGGCAGGCGCUAUUGUCACCGUGUUGCUGCUGCUUAUCUUCUACACCAGUAGCACGUUUCUAUUUGUCGGUACUUGUUUGUGUGGGCUUUUCCUGAGCAGCAUCUUCCCGUGCAUGCUUGCCUACACCGAAGAUAUCCUAGAUUACCAGGGAUGUGCCACCUCGGUCCUGGUGACAAGUGCAGGAAUGGGAGAGAUGGUGAUGCAGGUUCUGGUUGGCUCGAUUAUCCAGACGGAGGGUAGCUACAGCUUCCUUCUGUGCGGAGUCAUUAUCGCGUGUAUCGGUUUCAUCGUUUUCAUCGGUCUGCUAUUCUUCCAUCGCAUGCACAGAAACUACCUCACAGGAACGACAAAAAAGUCAGCCAUGGUGGAGGAGGAACCGCCUGAACAAAAUGGUUCGGCCAAUGUUGAGCCCAAAGAAGAGGCAGAGAAGAGCUGAGAGAGGCAGGCAAAUAUUUUAUCAUCAAAUAAAUGCAUUUAUACCACAAAUAUUUGUUUGUUACUAUUAGUGUGCUCUGAACAGAUGUGUUUGCAAUACGGCAUUAAUUAAUGGGUAAAGCAAUUUAAAUUGCUUGAAAGUAUCCGCAUUAAGUACUCAGUGCAGCACUGGCAUCUGAAUGGGAGCUCAAAUCCAUUCAUUAAUGUCCCCUAUUUUUGGAAAUUGUAGUUAAAUGCCCAUCUCUAAUGGAUAAAGUAGAAAGUGUAAAAAGUAAAGUAGAAAGUGUUUUUAUGCUGUAAAACACAUGCGUGUUUUUGUUGUUGUUUUUAUAACUAAUAAACUAGUA